UCUAAAUUAUGAUAACCAUUCUCAAAACAAAAUUCAUUCGGAUUUAUUCGAUAGUUGUCAUUUACGUAACAGCGGGGAAAGUAGAAGGGACAGAAAUGACAACUAAACAACUCGUCCAGUUUUUGAAGCCGCAAUCAGCUUUAGUAAAGCUGAUCCAGACAAGAUUUGCACAGACUGCUGCAGCACCUCAAGAAAAAAGAAUAAAGAAGUUCUCCAUCUACAGAUAUGACCCAGACAAGCCUGGAGACAAACCAAGACAACAGAUUUAUGAAGUGGACCUCAAUACAUGUGGCCCCAUGGUGCUUGAUGCCCUUAUCAAGAUCAAGGACACUGAGGAUCCAACUUUGACCUUCAGGAGGUCAUGCCGUGAAGGUAUCUGUGGAUCGUGUGCCAUGAACAUUGGUGGACUGAACACUUUGGCUUGUUUAUGUAAAAUUAACGACAAUAGUCAGACAUUGAAGAUUUACCCACUUCCACACAUGUAUGUGAUCAAAGAUCUUGUACCGGUAAGUUUAUAAUCAUCUUAUCAUAUA